AAAUUCAUAAUUACUAACUGAAAGAAAUUAAUAAUUGUAACCAUCAUUGGAUGGGCACUUAUAUAUGAUUUAUUGAUUCUGUAUAUACGGCUCAUAUAAUGUAGGACUACAACCCCCACAAAUCGUAACCAGGAAGUAUUUGUUUUGACUAAAGAAACACGACUACACUGACGAAAUGGAAUUUGAAGUCUCAAGCAAAAUAUAACUAGCCCAUAUUUUGUUUUAACACGUUAAUUUAAGGAUGCAUGAUUCCCACUUUAAUAGUUUAGUGUUGCUUUUGCUACUGUCUCUAAAUCCACGCGUAUGUCUCCUGGAUGGAGUUCAGAGAGACGACCCUUCGGACCUGCAGGAAACACUUGGAACGAGAGAAGAACUGGAAAAUGACAUUCUCCAUGAGGAAACAAUACAGGAUUUAAGCGAUCCUCACAAGUCCAAUUACACAUAUAAUAACAGCGAUGGAACCCAGCAUUUGGAAGCACUGCCCACCCGCCCCCCGACGCCUGCUCGACCCCCAACCCCUAAGAACAUGUUGCCCGUGCAGACCGGGGUGAAGGCCCAAGAGGAGGAACAGUCCAGUGGAAUGACUAUAUUCUUUAGUCUGCUGGUAAUUGGUAUCUGCAUCAUAUUGGUGCAUCUGCUUAUUAAAUUCAAGCUAAAUUUCCUGCCAGAGAGUGUGGCCGUUGUUUCAAUUGGAAUCCUAAUGGGAGGCUUCAUCAAAAUAAUAGAGUUUAAGGAACUGGCCAAUUGGAAGGAAGAGGAAAUGUUCAGACCCAACAUGUUCUUCCUCCUGCUCCUGCCGCCAAUCAUCUUUGAGUCGGGAUACUCCUUGCAUAAGGGCAACUUCUUUCAGAACAUUGGCUCCAUCUGCCUCUUUGCUGUGAUCGGCACAGCGAUUUCUGCCUUCAUUGUUGGAGGAGGCAUCUACUUCCUUGGACAGGCCGAUGUGAUCUACAAGAUGAGCAUGACGGACAGCUUUGCCUUCGGGUCGCUGAUCUCCGCCGUGGAUCCUGUUGCCACCAUCGCCAUCUUCAACGCCCUGAAUGUGGACCCAGUGCUCAACAUGCUGGUGUUCGGCGAGAGCAUCCUCAACGACGCUGUGUCCAUCGUCCUCACCAAUACAGCCGAAGGUUUCUUCUCCCAGUCCAACAACGCCACGGUUUCGGGCUGGCAGAUUUUUGUGCAGGCGCUGGGCUACUUCCUCAAGAUGUUCUUUGGUUCCGCUGCCCUGGGCACUCUGACAGGACUCAUCUCUGCCUUUUGUCUCAAACACUUUGACCUCAGGAAGACUCCUUCCCUGGAGUUUGCCGUGAUGAUCAUUUUCGCUUACCUUCCCUACGGCCUGGCAGAAGGCAUCAAACUAUCGGGCAUCAUGUCCAUCCUGUUCUCUGGGAUCGUCAUGUCUCACUACACGCAUCACAACCUGUCCCCGGUCACCCAGAUCCUGAUGCAGCAGACCCUGCGCUCCGUGGCCUUCAUGUGUGAGACGUGCGUGUUCGCGUUCCUCGGGCUCUCCAUCUUCAGCUUCCCGCACAACUUUGAAUUCUCCUUCGUCAUCUGGUGCAUAUUCCUGGUGCUUCUUGGGCGAGCCGUGAACAUCUUCCCUCUGUCCUUCCUGCUCAACUUCUUCAGGGAAACCAAGAUCAGUCCUAAGAUGAUGUUCAUCAUGUGGUUCAGCGGUCUUCGCGGGGCCAUCCCUUACGCCCUGAGCCUCCACCUGGGCCUGGAGCCUUUGGAGAAGCGCCAGUUGAUCGGGACCACCACCAUCAUCAUCGUCCUCUUCACCAUCCUGAUCCUUGGGGGCGGCACCAUGCCUCUUAUCCGCUUGAUGGACAUCGAGGAGAGCCAGACACGCAGGAAGAGCAAGAAGGACGUGACCCUCAGCAAGACGGAGAAGAUGGGCAACGCGUUGGAGUCGGAGCACAUCUCGGAGCUGACGGAGGAGGAGUACGAGACGCACAUCUACCAGAGACAGGAUCUGAAGGGCUUCAUGUGGCUGGACGCAAAGUACCUCAACCCCUUCUUCACGCGCAGACUCACCCAGGAGGAUCUGUUGCACGGCCGUAUCCAGAUGAAGACUCUCACCAACAAGUGGUACGAGGAGGUCAGACAAGGGCCCUCUGGAUCCGAAGACGACAACGACGAAGCCGAGUUACUGUAACACAAAACACACAAAUCACACAUUUCAGGGGAUUUAAUGGGUUAUAUGCGACUGUGUGAGCCUUAUUUGGUUCAAUGGGAAUUUACGGGGUGUCUAUCUGAACUAAAGGGGGGGAGAAAAUGGUGGUUGUGUGAUCGGUGUGUCUCGAUAAACGGUCAGUUUGAACUCUCGACGGAGAGUUACUUCAUUAGAAAAAGGGCGUUUACGUGUUUUAUUUUUUUGGUUUUCCUAAACAGUUAGACAUUGUAGUUGAUGGCACUAGAAUGGACCCGCUGUGAUUGUUGAGUUUAUUUUGUUGCUUUUUAACUAAAUCGAAGGAGAGUUCUUAAUGGAAUCGGAGGGGAACCUCAGAGAGGGAUGUUCUCCACAUAAGCAAUACUAGUGCAUCUCCUGUCCUCUCAUGUUUUGCGCUGCUGCACACUUUUUUAUGCUAUUCCACUCUAUGCAUGUCCUUUUUUUACAUUCCACUUUGAAGUUCAUCUUCAGAAGUUCAUCAAAGUAGGAUACGGGAAUGCUGCUAAUAUUCUCCCGUUUCAUAACGUCUUUUCUUUGAAACCAUGUUCAUAAGAUUGUGGCAAAGGAAUAAAACGCUUUGCUUUAAUUUCCAUGUUUGGAGCGGGAAAUUCAAGUGAGUAGGCCAUUGUAACCGAUCGAGGGGGAGCAGGUGGUUGCUCUGGUAACCAGGUGGUUGCUCUGGUAACCAGGUGGUUGCUCUGGUAACCAGGUGGUUGCUCUGGUAACCAGGUGGUUGCUCUGGUAACCAGGUGGUUGCUCUGGUAACCAGGGUCCAGGUGCGCCCCGGUUACCCUUACAUCCUGUUGCACUUCCGCCAUGUACCCUAUUAUGGUACGCCAAAAUGUUAUACUUUUUUUUUGGACAGAUUCAUUUGUGUGCUUCUUGUGUCCUGGAAAGGUUGUGUUUCCUGCCCAAGUGUCUGUGGCAGGAAAUUAUCGUCUUAUUUUAAUGAACAAUGUGAAAUUCCAAAAUGAAUGAAUGAUUGGUGACGGUGAGGGAGUAAUUGUUUAUUUCUGACUGUAUUUAUCUUUUCUAUUUAUUGGUCACUCUUAUCUAUGUGAUCUUGUAUCGUUUCUUAUGAGCUCCGUGAGCAGUACAGAGUUAUAAUAGAGAUUUGUAUAAUAAAUGAACGGUGUUGACUAAUUUACCUACUGCAAUCUUUUUUCAACCUCAACUGCCAAACCCCAUGUGUGCUGACAAGGAGAUACAAAUAGUAAGACUAAUUAUUAUAUCUGGUAAUUAAUAAUAUUUGGUUACUCUGUUCUAAAAGGGUAAAGCAAUUAUCCAUUAACUAACAUGAGUUCAUUCAGAAUCAAGCAUUAUUUAUAGCAUUAGCUUGGGAUAGGGUUAGGUGUAGUGUUAGGGUUAACCAUAUUUAAUUACGUAUGAAUGAAUACCUUAUACAUGAAUACCAUUAUUAAAUGAAAACUAGACCAUUGGUUAACUGUUAAUAAACUGUUCAUUCAUGCUUAUUACUGCCUUUGUUAAUCAUGAGAAAUCAUUAAUUAGUAUACUCUUAUUGUUAAGUGUAAAGUGUUUGUAUAUGGUAUACUAGCUUAAUUAUAAACACUCUUGUCUGCAAGCAUCUACCAAAGGUCUGGCAUCCAGCUCCAGUAGACCUUGGGGGGUUCAUCCUGGGCUUGGCAGAGUGUGAUCUAUCCUUCUGGUGCUUGCCAAGUCGUUGGGGGACUGUCAGGUCUUUUACCCGAUGAAAGGGGAGCUUGUUUGUACUCGGACGUGCUGUCAGAGCAUAUGUCAUCGUCCGCUGACAACCAGAGGAGAGGCCUUGAACUGAUAUGCACCAGCCUCUCUCUUUAGCCCCUGAAUGCCUUUUAUGUUCCCCCAAUCGAGGGGCCGGCAGUCCACGGGAGAUCUCGCCUCUGUCCCUAAACCGUGGCCGUGCUGCCGACUGAGUCUCGGCUUCAGUCCAGCAGCUGGAUGGGAGCUGGCGUUGUUUUGACUUUCAGCUUCCCCGGAGAAUCUUUAAACGUAUCUCCUCCCUUAAGUGUGUCUGUCUGCACACUUAAUGAUGUUGUGGGUUUUUAUAGUUGCUGAAGUGGUCAGCGAGGAUUCAUUUGGGAUUUUAAUAAACUCUGGAGUUUUUCAUUAAUGAGUGCCCCUUCCCCAGUCAAUACCAACAGAUAAUCAACCAAUGGUCUUCUUCAUUUUGAAAAUAUUGAAAGUAUAGAAGAGAACCCAAAACAUAAAAUGAAAAAUCUAACUGAAUUACUAAAGGAAACUAGGAAACUAAAAGGAUCUCUAAAGUCACCAAGUCACUGUGAAAUCCAAGUAUUUUUGUAUUAUCCAUUACGUAUAGAUGUGUAAUGGAUAUCUAUAUCGUUUUUACAUGGCCACCUUUUUUCUGUUUGCGUUAUUACCGUCUUAUUACAGUAAGAAUAUUUAACCAGCAGAGGGCACAAAAUCCCUAGGAUUGAUUUGGGUUGGUCAAGUUUCGUUCGUCGCAUGCAGUUGUCAAGAUUUGACAACCAGAAUAUCGGGGGUAACAGAAUUGUUACUUCACAUACAGCCAUAUCUACAACAGGGAUAUUUAUUAUUAUCUUUACAACACAGUUAUUGUUACUCUCAUCAGUUGUAAUGAAUCCAUCCUUUCUUUUUCUCUUAAUUCACAUAUUUGAUAUGCAAGUAAGCCUGACCAGUGAUGGAACAGGCCACCCACUUGUGGUGAAGUGGGCGCUCCAUCACGUCUCUCUUGUUAGAACUCUGCUACCCAGCUCCCGAGCCUUGGAAUAACCACAUUUUUCGAAACGUAUAACAUAAAUAAAACACUCCAGGCAGAGCGAAACAGCGUUCUAUUGGCUUUAAUUUCCUUGCCACAGCGUGAGAGAGGCUUGUGGAGGUGGAGAUCGGUUACCGUCAGCGGGGGUCUCGGUCAGGGGGUGCAGCCGUAGCGUGUGGUCUGAAGACACCAGGGCCUGGCCCCGGAGAUAAGAAAUCAUUGCGGUUGGAUAGAUUAAGGAUUGGAGACACACAAAACAUUUCUCUCUCUCUGUGUGUGUGUGUGUGUGUGUGUGUGUGUGUGUGUGUGUGUGUGUGUGUGUGUGUGUGUGUGUGUGUGU